UGCCAGAGCUCGAUAAAAACAGAGAGAGGCAGGAAGGAAGCGACGACAUUAAAGCAGCUCUGAACUCAGCCACCUGGACGACCUCCACUUUUCAUAAAACCUUCGCUUUUCUUUCUGGCAUUAAUUUCCUUUUUUAUUUCUCUCUCUCUCUUUUUUUGGCUUUUAUCCCGUGUUGACUCUGCUUUUUAACGCUGCCAGCUGACUUUGACGCAAUAUGUCUUCAGAGAAAACCUUCAAACAAAGAAGGACCUACGAGCAGCGAGUAGAAGAUGUCAGACUGAUCCAGGACCAGCACCCCAACAAGGUUCCUGUCAUCAUUGAGCGAUAUAUAGGAGAAAAGCAGCUGCCCAUCCUGGAUAAAACCAAGUUCCUGGUACCGGACCAUGUCAACAUGAGCGAACUCAUCAAGAUCAUCAGGAGGCGCCUCCAGCUGAACUCCAACCAGGCCUUCUUCCUGCUGGUCAACGGCCACAGCAUGGUGUCCGUGUCGGCGCCCAUCUCUGAAGUGUACGAGCGCCAGAAGGACCAGGACGGCUUCCUGUACAUGGUGUACGCCUCCCAGGAGACGUUUGGCAGCCACAGCCGGGGCCCCUGGGGGCCCUCGCCUCCAGUGCUGUAGCUGGAUUUAUGACCAUGUGUUUAUACGAGUUUCAGGUAGUGAGGUCACAUCUCUAUGGAUCCAUUUAUAUAAAUAUAUACAUAAACCGUUAUUAAGCCCAGCUUUAUGGUUGGAGGUUCAAUAGGAAGCGACUCCUGAGUUCUCCUGUUGUUUUCAUGCAGGAUUUUAUUCAAAGUUUGUGAAUUUUCUUUUUUUUUUUUCUUUUUGAAACUCUGGAGUAGAUGUUUAUGCUUCCUCAUUCCCAUCAUGUUCCCAUUUUUAUUCCCGUCUCUUCCUUCCUCUCACCGUAAUGUCUCAGAGCAGACCGCUGUUUGUGUAAAAUAAAUGGAAAUUUAAGCGAUGAUGUGCAGCUUUCUUAGGAGUGUCACCAAGUCGAAUUGUGGACCCACUACAAGGAGCUGAUGAUGAUGAUGUCGCCUGUGAGGAAGGGCGGGGAUGUCUUUGUCUUCUUCUUCCCUCGUUUCAUUUCUUUGUUAAAAACUCCCAGAAGUUCGGAGCGCUGUGAUCGUGGGAAUCAAACGCCUCCCUGUUGGGUUUGUUUGAAAGGGCUGAACUCGCUCCUCCUCCUCCUCAUCUUCAUCAUAACAUGUUGAGGUUUAGCUGCUUUAUACUGAAGUGUUAUUAUUUUUGGGGUUUGUUUUAUUUAAUGUGAUUUUAUUCCAUGGUUUUGUAAAGGUGUCCUGUUACACAGGGGCGGCGGAUUUGUUAAAACGCCGCAUCCAGCAAUAUCUCACAGCAUCCUUUAUGUAUUUAUGUUGGUAUUUUGUAAACAAUAAAAAGAGAUGCAAAAUA